AUGGAUAACUGCCUGGUAAUGAGAGAUGCUCUUUCUCAGACCUGGCCUGAUGCAACACCAGUCCUGUGUAUAUUUCAUCUUCUUCAGCAGAUUUGGCGGUGGUUACAUGAUAGAAAUCAUGGCAUUGCCAUUGAGGAUAGACCACAUAUCCUCUUAGGCUUCAAGCGUGCACUUUAUGCUGAAAGUGAAGGUUUCCAGGCAGAAUAUCAAAGUUUGAUUGAAGAUGAAGUUGCAUCUAAAUACCCAAAUUUCAUUAAAUACAUAUCUGAUGUUUGCAAUGAUUGUGAAUCCUGGGCAUUGUGUUACAGACAGGAUCUACCUCUACGAGGCAACAACACCAACAACUACUGUGAAUCACAGUUUGUGGUGAUAAAGGAUUAGGUUAUGAAUAGACAGAAGGAGGUGAAUGUUGUUGGCCUCAUUGACAAGCUUACAAAUGACCAUUACCAGAACAAGCUCCUGUCAGAUGCAUCUGGAAAAUUUGAUGGCACUUACAGCAGACGAUUUGCUGGCUUCUCCAAGAAGAAGAACGAGAGUCUUGGUUUCCAGAAACCAUCAUCUGAAGCACAAGUACUAGCUUUACAAGAUUUGGUAUCUCUUGGAAAGAAGAUACCACAUAUUUAG